GAACAUCAGAAUUCUUUCUCACAAGACCUUAACUUAGGAAAUGAAGGAACCAUCAAAGGCAUGGAGACCCUUCACUGCAAAUUGCUGCUCCACAGAGGACCAAACCGUGUUCAAGAACUUCAGCAGGUGCAAGCCUUCACGUUCUGACUUGUCAAAGAACAUUGCUCCUUUGCCAUCGUUCAGGAGGCUCUCCUUCUCUGAUCUCAGUCGUUCCUCGUCUGUGCGAAUCAAUGAGGAUCUUGCACAGUCUUUUGGGUCGGAUUUGUUUGAUUUUCAGCUGAGUGAGCUGCGUGCCAUAACUCAGAAUUUCAGCAGCAACUUCUUGCUGGGAGAAGGAGGGUUUGGAACUGUGCAUAAGGGCUACGUAGAUGAUAAUCUCAGGCUUGGUUUGAAGGCACAACCUGUUGCUGUCAAGCUUCUUGACAUUGAAGGCUUGCAAGGACACCGUGAAUGGCUGGCAGAAGUGAUUUUUCUUGGGCAGCUAAGACACCCCAAUUUGGUUAAGUUGAUUGGGUAUUGUUGUGAAGAUGAAGAACGAUUACUUGUCUAUGAAUUCAUGCCACGAGGAAGUUUGGAGAAUCACCUCUUCAGAAGGCUAACAUCAAUUCCAUGGGGGACAAGAUUAAAAAUUGCAAUAGGAGCUGCUAAAGGCCUUUCCUUCUUGCAUGGAGCUGAGAAGCCAGUCAUUUAUAGAGACUUCAAGACUUCCAAUGUUUUGCUUGAUUCAGAGUUCACAGCAAAAUUGUCAGAUUUUGGACUUGCUAAAAUGGGGCCAGAGGGAUCCAACACUCAUGUUUCAACCAGAGUAAUGGGCACUUAUGGAUAUGCAGCACCAGAAUACAUCUCAACAGGGCAUUUAACAACCAAAAGUGAUGUCUACAGCUUUGGGGUAGUCCUGCUAGAACUGCUGACAGGAAGAAGAGCAACGGACAAAACAAGACCAAAGACUGAGCAAAACCUUGUGGAUUGGUCAAAACCUUACUUGAGUAGCAGUAGGAGGUUGAGGUACAUUGUCGAUCCAAGGCUUGCAGGCCAAUAUUCUGUGAAGGGUGCAAAGGAAAUUGCCCGUUUGGCAUUGCAAUGCAUAAGUUUGAAUCCUAAAGACAGACCAAGAAUGCCAAUGAUUGUUGAAACUCUUGAAGGCUUACAACAGUACAAGGACAUGGCUGUUACCAGCGGACACUGGCCAGUGUCACAAAAAUCUACUAGGAAUAAAGUCUCCAACAAUAAGACGAAUGUCAACACUAGAGCCGGUGCAAACCACAAGCAACCAUCACCAGUUCUGAGCAAAAAAACUUGAUUGCUACCUUUUAGAAGAUUUCUUUUUAAUGAAGUAUCAUGUGGUGUAAGAGUAAUUAUCAAGCCACCCUAUAUAUAUGUAAUUAAAUGUAUAAAACAUAAAUGCAAUAUAUAUUGAGU